AUGGGUGUUGUGCAGAACAACCAGGUGGACAUCAAAAGCAAGGGACUACAUGCUGCUAUACCAAGCAAUGAAGAGGAGCAGAACGGUGUUGGAGAGAUCUACGGUUACCGAGCGUGCUGCUGCCGCAGAGCCCUGUGUACAACAGCGACUGUCCUGUCCGCUGGCUUUCUGCUGCUGCUCUUCUACUGGAAGCCGGAGUGGGAUGUGCGGGCUCAGUGUGUGCGCUGCCCGUUACAGGAAGCCGACACUAUCCUCCUCAGGACCACCGAUGAACAUAAAGUCUGGUACAAGAAGAAAAUAAAGUGGAUGGACUUGUCCUUGCUCAGUAAAGCAACAAAUGGUACCCAAUAUCCCGACCUAUCUGAUGAGACAUCUUUGCUGCAAAGAAUUAUCAUGAAAACUGAGGCUAAAGUACGGUAUUUUGAAAUUCAAAAGUUAAGGUACAUCUGGGACUUUAAAGAAAAACAAUUUGUUAGACCAGGAGAUCUGGAAGAGAGACAUACUUGUGCAGAUAUUCAUCACAAAUUUGGAUGUGGACUAAGUAUGACAGAGGUCAUCACCAGGAGAUUAAUAUAUGGACCUAAUACAAUUGAAAUACAGAUUUCUCCAAUCUGGAAGCUGCUUUGUAAAGAGGUCUUGAAUCCAUUUUAUAUGUUUCAAAUAUUCAGUGUGUGUCUCUGGCUAUCUGAGGACUACACUGAAUAUUCCAUUGCACUCAUCAUCGUGUCUUUCAUCUCCCUCGCUUUGUCCGUGUACGAUGUCCAACAGCAAUCAAUAAAACUAUACAGACUAGUGGAAUCCCAUAAUAACAUGACGGUCACAGUCUGCAGGAAAAAUACAGGGUAUGAGGAGGUGCCGUCCUGUGAGCUGGUUCCCGGUGAUGUCUUCAUCAUCAGCGGCAACAAGCAAGUGUUGUGCUGCGACUCCGUGCUGACCCAGGGCGGCUGUAUCGUUAACGAGGGCAUGCUCACAGGUGAGAGUAUUCCCAUCACCAAGACUCCAUUACCCAACGUCGCUGCCCACAGUUGCUGGAACGGAGUGACUGAGGAGCACAGGCGACACGUACUGUUCUGUGGGACCCAAGUGAUUCAGUCCAAGCCCAUUGGCCAGCCCAGAGUGGAAGCGGUGGUCUUUCGAACAGGUUUCUCCACGAGCAAAGGAGAGUUAGUGAGGUCCAUCUUGUACCCAAAGCCCAUGGACUUCAAGUUGUACCAAGAUGCCUUCCGCUUCCUGAUGUGCCUGACCAUCAUUGCCACCAUCGGGAUGAUCUACUCAGUCUGCAUCCUCCUCUUCAAUGGCAUGGCGACGAGCAAGGUUGUGCGGAAGGCACUGGACGUGAUAACUAUCGCAGUCUCCCCUGCCCUGCCCGCUGCUGUCACCAUUGGCAUCAUAUACUCCCAGGAAAGACUGAAAAAGAAGGGAAUCUUCAGUAUUAGUCCACAGAGAAUCAACAUUUGUGGACAGUUGAACCUCAUCUGCUUUGACAAGACUGGAACUCUGACUGAGGAUGGAUUGGAUCUGUGGGGCUUGGCAACAACUAAAGGAAAAGGGUUACAGAGCAUACUGAGGUUCAGCACUGGGGUGCGCUUGCCCUGGGGACCUUUCUUUGGGGCCAUGGCCAGCUGCCACUCUCUGGUCCUUCUGGACAACACCCUUCAGGGAGACCCUCUCGACCUGAAGAUGUUCGAGACCACGGGCUGGGAAAUAGAUGAAAAUGCAGUCUUCAAACACCCAACUGAGGAUGCACAUUCGUUCAUUGUGAAACCAGGACCAACAGCUUACAAGGUGUCGAAGGCGGGGAUUGUUGUCCUGAAGCAAUACCCGUUCUCAUCCCAACUGCAACGAAUGUCGGUGGUAACGCAGGUGAUUGGCAAGGCAAGUCUGUCCAUCUACAUGAAGGGGGCGCCCGAAAUGGUCGUCCGUCUCUGCAAACCCCAGACAGUUCCCCGCAGUUUCUCGAGGGAACUCCAGCGCUACACGAAGCAGGGAUUCAGGGUCAUUGGCUUUGCCUUUAAAUGCAUCUGGGACGGCAGUAACGUCAGUGUGGGCAGCUUAACCAGGGAAGUUGUGGAAUCUGACUUGAUAUUCCUUGGCCUACUGAUUCUGGAAAACAAACUGAAGCCUCAAACAAGACCCGUGUUACUGGAGCUGUCCAAGGCCAGGAUUCGCACGGUGAUGAUCACAGGGGACAACCUGCAGACGGCUGUCACGGUGGCCAGGAACUCUGGCAUGAUCCCAAUGGCCCACAGAGUCAUCCUAGUCGAAGCCUCAAAGGCAAAGAUAUCUGGCACAGCGGUCAUCAGCUGGAGAGUGGUGGAGAAUGGCAAGGAUCAUCAUCAGUCGUGUGCUGGUGAAAGUAAAAUAGCGAUGGAUGACUUUGAAAAGAAUAAAGACUUUCACUUUGUAAUGACGGGGAGAUCUUACGAGAUUCUGGUUCACCACUUCUACCAUUUACUGCCCAAGUUGCUGCUUAACACCACUGUCUUUGCCCGGAUGUCACCCAACCUGAAGGGCAGCCUCAUCGAGGAGUUCCAGAAACUGGAUUACUACGUGGGCAUGUGUGGAGAUGGUGCGAAUGACUGCGGGGCUUUAAAGACAGCCCACGCAGGGAUCUCCCUGUCAGAACACGAGGCCUCUGUAGCUUCGCCAUUCACCUCGAAAAUACCCAACAUUGACUGCGUUCCACAGCUCAUCAAGGAGGGUAGGGCAGCUGUGGUCACAUCAUUCUGCAUCUUUAAGUACAUGGCCGUCUACAGCAUGAUCCAGUACCUUGGUGUUUUGUGUCUCUACUGGGAAGCAAAUACCUUUGGGAACUAUCAGUUUCUGUUUGAGGAUUUGGGAAUUACAACAAUUAUUGGUAUUACGAUGAGCCUGAACCAGGCGUAUCCAAGCCUGCACCCUCACCAGCCGCCCGCUCAACUCAUCUCACCCCCCUUGCUGCUCUCCGUCAUUCUCAACGUCAUCCUCAGCCUGGUCUUGCACAUGUUUGGAUUCAUGUUGGUGCAGCAGCAGCCUUGGUACUCGCCCACCGAUAUCCACAGCGCAUGUCAUCUUGCAAACGUGAGCAGCAUUGGCGUGGACACCAGUAAUAACACACUGACCACCAAGUCCAUCUCGCACGAAUCCGAUGAAGAUUUUUUCAGGAGUUAUGAGAAUACGACUGUGUAUCUUCUGUCUAUUUUCAGUUGUGUGACCACCGCCAUUGUCUAUUGCAAGGGGAAGCCAUACCGCAAGCCCAUCUACACCAACCAUGUAUUUUUGAUCGUCGUCUUGGCCCAGAUUGUAAUGUGCCUGUAUUUCCUGUUUGGUGAUGAAGGAGUCAUGUACAAUGCACUGGGACUUGUUUGCACCCCCACAUAUUGGAGGUUCUACAUUCUGGCGAUGAUUGUGGUUCACUUCCUGGUCAUUAUCGCCAUUGAGGAGUUGGUGGUAGAGAACACACAUCUCUGGCUCUUUCUGAAGAAGUGUUGCAAGAUAAAGUCCAGGCGGCGUUACAAGGUGAUUGGGAGGAUGAUUAUGGAGGAGCCGGGCUGGCCACCGCUGGAUGGGUCAGGGUUCACGUCCGUCCUCUCGAUGGACGGAGAGCUUCAGCAGGAACACUCCCACCACAGACCCCGGAGAGACAGCAGAGAAUCCCCCCGCACACUGGCCGUGCCUGCUUCACCGCCGGCCAAGGAGAGGACCUGCAGCGCCAACCAGGAGCAGGACGACCACUUGUAGCACCAACGCAGGAUCACAUUUACCCAUCAGUCUGUCUGUCUCUCCACCGUUCCUGCCCCCCUCUAGAACCUGUCACGUUGCACACCAAGGUACCAUGAUGGAGACAGCAACAUGCUGAAGUAACUCAGCGGGACAGGCAGCAUCUCCGGAGACAGGGAAUGGGUGACGUUACGGGUCGAGACCCUUCUUUAGUGUAAACCAUAAUUUCACCAAAGAAUAUAGCCAUCAAGUUUCUCAACUUUAAUCACAACUCAACAGAUAUUCAACUUUAAUCACAACUCAACAGAUAUUUAGUUUAGA